AAUCGAAAAAACCUUGCUUCGGAAUAUUGUUUGUUUUCGUGGAUUUCUGAGUGGAUAUCAACAUCUGAAGGGUUGACAUAUUGCAGUAUAGUUACCACACGUGGAAGUCGUCUGAUAUAUAGAUUGUUUUCUUGUUUUCUGCUGCCUCAGAUUGCAGUCGAGACCCUUAGAAAUGUUUGGAUCUACAAGUAGUACACCUUUUGGUACCGGCAGUACCUUUGGAACAGGGACAACUUUUGGAGGCCAGACUAGUACAGCACAGUUUGGUGCAGGUGGAGGUACUGGUCUUUUUGGAAACAACCAAAAACCACUGGGCUUUGGAAGUACAUUUACUCAGCCCCAGGCCUCAGGGACCUCAACAUUGUUUGGAGGCACAAAUACUGGAAGUAUAUUUGGAGGAACUGGAACUACCACUGGAAAUAUCUUUGGGCAACAACAACCCACUAGUCAAUCCUCCUUUGGUGGUUUUGGAACUACUGGAGGUGGUUUGUUUGGUAGUACAGCAAAAACUACUGCAGGGACAAGUGUUUUCAACACAGGUGGCCAAACAACUUUUGGUUCCACUGCAACAUCAGGAUUUGGAUCCUCAGCAGGCUCCAGUUUGUUUGGGUCCAAUGCUACAAAGGGUACUGGAUUGUUUGGAAGUACGCAAGCUGGCUCCUCAUUAUUUGGGCAAACUUCUGCAGCUAAUACAGCAAACUUUGGAGUGCUGGGUGCUUCUGGCAACACAGCACUUGGAACACCUGUAAAGUUCAAUGUUGUUCCAGGAACUGAUAGCAUGGUUAAAAAUGGAAUUACCACCAAUAUUAGUGUCAGGCAUCAAUGCAUCACUGUCAUGGCAAAUUAUGAUAAGAAGAGUUUAGAGGAGCUAAGAAUUGAAGAUUAUGAAGCUGGACGUAAAACAGGAGCAACUGGAGCAACUGGAGCAACUGGCUCAACUGGUUUUCCAGGUCUGGCCACAAGUUCAGCUGCAGGAAGUCUGUUUGGAAAUACAGCUUCCACAGGAUUCGGUGCUGCACAGAAACCAGCAACUGGGUUUGGAACUACAGGCGUGUUUGGUGCUGGUAAUACCACAACCUCUGGUCUGUUUGCCCAACAACAACAAACAACUGGAGGGCUCUUUGCUCAGCAGAAAACAGGGGGACUGUUUGGGGCUCAAACAUCAAGUGCUGGUGCCCCUGCAUUUGCUACAGGUUUUGGUACAGGUGUCUUUGGACAGACCUCCAGUGGACAGACAACUCAGUCUGGUCUCUUUGGUGGAACAUCCACAUCUACUGGCACUGGUUUGUUUGCAACACAAAGUUCAGGUUUUGGCCAAACACAGACUGGAACAGGGGGACUUUUUGGACAAACAGGAUUUGGGCUGGGUCAGCAGCAGUCAACAGCAUUUGGAAAACCAUUUGGUGCUUUGGGUACUGGUGCAACUGGAACUUUGUUUGGUGCACAGAAUAAACCUGCAACAGGUUUCAACUUUGGAGCCAGUGCAGGAGGACUAGGAACCAGUGCAUUUAAUACUGCAACAAGCCAAGCUGGAGGACUUUUUGGUGCCAAACCUACUACAUUUGGGACAGGAACAGCAUUUGGUACUAAUACAGGCACAGGAUUGUUUGGAACCACAGGCACCCUAGGGGCAGGAACAGGAUUGAACGCAGGGACACUAGGUACUUUUGGCACCCUAGGCGCUCAACAAACAAGUUUGUUUGGAGGAAAUGCUUUAGGAGGCAACCAAAAUACAGCAUUGACCACUUUGCAGCAACAACAACAGCAAAAGGUUCUGGAGCAACAACUUUUGAUCCUGUCAAACUCACCAUUUGGUGACUCACCAUUAUUCCGAAAUUCACUGUUGGAGAAAUCCAAACCAGAAAGGGCCUCCACUGCUACUACAUCCUCAUUACAAAAGGUGGUUACCACACCUUCACACUACAAGGUUUCCCCUCGACCAGCGGCAAGAAUAAAACCCAAGCCAAUAAACAAUCAUACUAUGAACAAGUCCAAACUGUUUGAGGGCCUGGAGGAGGACUCUGGUCUUAGUCCUGACACAUUUGUACCCAGAAAGAACAUCAAAAAGCUUGUUUUAAAAACCAAGUCAAGCAAAGAAGAUUCACCCCUAUCUGUGGUUGACACUACCAGGGUCAAACUCAGCACUUUGGAGGGAGACGACAGUUUGCCAGCAACCAGAUCACCCUUACCUCCCUCUCCACCCCCGUCACAAGAUAUGUCACCUAUGAGGUUGUCUGCGACCCCUGCUGGGCUGCAGAGUGGAGAGAGGUCUUCUGACGACAGGGUGAGUACCAGCGCUGGUGUCAGUCCAAUGGGAGUGCGGUUCUCUCGUGUGCCAGAUUCUGUUGAUACCACCAUCUCAGAAUUGAAUGUACGCCGCCUACCAAGAAGAGACGAAGAAGACGGAAGUGUCAAAGGUUCUGUGAUUGGUGAGGACAGUUCGUCAGACACUACAUCUAGAGACAAUGUUGGUGUUGUCUUGAAAAGGCUUGAGUAUUACACCGUUCCUCCAGUGCAAGAACUUAACCAGCAGAUGGACAGUAACGGAGAUAUAUUUGUGAAUGACUUUGUGGUUGGCCGCGAAGGUUAUGGAAAAGUCAAAUUUUACGGCAGAACCAAUGUCGCCGGACUCAACCUGGAUGAAAUUGUGUUCUUCAGGCGCCGUGAAAUAGAAGUUUAUCCUGACACGUACCUCAAUAAACCUCCUGUGGGCGAAGAACUGAACAAGAAAGCAGAAAUCACUCUGGAGAAUGUCUGGCCAAGUGACAAGACUACUCGUGAGCCAAUAAAAAGUCCUGAAAGACUCAACCUUCUCGGCUGGCAAAAGCGAGUGGAAACUGCUACCGAAAAACUUGGAGCAACUUUUCUUGAUUUCAACCUUCACACUGGAUACUGGGUGUUCACGGUGGAUCAUUUCACGCGGUAUAGAAUGGACGACGAAUUUUUCGAUGAUGAACAAGCCCAAAAGAAACUGAAGAGGCCUCCAUUAAAAUCAUACUCACAGGAUCUCGAGGUCUCUAUUGAAAAGGAAAAAGAGGAAAUCUUUAGACGUCUGCAAGAAAAGAAACAACAGUUAGAAGUUUAUGAGAAGAAAAAACAGCAAGCUGCUCUCUCUUCCCUAGACCAGGAUAGUGUCAUGGCGGACAUCGAUCAACAAACUUUUCCUGAGGAAAUGCUCGAAGAUCAAAUUGGAGAUGGUAGUGAUGGUGAAGAAGAGGUUGACAGCUCCCCUGCCAGCCAUCAGUUGGCAUCAGCACUUGGAAUGAAUGCACAGAGGAUCCAAGUCAUGAAAGCAUCAUUCUUUGCCGAUCCGUCUCAACUCGCAGCACCCUUCGCUAAAGAUAGUCCCACUGUAGACAAGUCUCUUUUCAGUUCAUCUUUAUCAAAAGCUGGCCAUUUGAAGAGUUCUGUGUAUCCACCAUCCAUGCCAUUAGGUCCUUUGCUGUCCCCUAAAGUACAGCGCUCUGUUGAUGAGUCCCGACAAAUGUCCCAGUCACUGUUUGGCAGCCCCCAGAUAGGGGUCUAUCCUCUUCGGUACCCCUUGGUGCACGAUGUAACCCCAGUAGCCCCUCCCUCACCAAUUCAGCUUCCAAGUGCCAUCGGCACAGCGAUGGACAUUGGAAUUAAAGUCGUUGGCGCUCGGAAUCAGUUCGGUCUUGUCCCUAAAAAGGACUCCCUUGUCAACGGUAAAGAGAACCUUAUUGCCGAUGCAGGGUUGAUGAUGGGCCGCUCCUUUCGUGUUGGCUGGGGGCCUGGAUUUGUCUUGGUCCAUAGUGGUACUCCCUUGGGGAAACAAGAGGGAAAACCAGCCCCCCCCACCUCGGUAGAUUUUUUGUCCAUGAAGCCUAGACCCAGCAGCAGUGAAGGAUCGGCGCCUUUUGGAGUGACAAUAGAGAAACUGAACGUAGCUUUACAUGACAGUCGUGGCCCAAGUGGUGUUGUGUUGGAGCAUGUAAGGCAACAGCAUGAAACUGUACUUGAAGCACAGUUACAACACACUGUGGUGUCCAGUGAAGAGCACUGUCCGUUCUUUCAACCUUCCUCUGGCGUCAAAGCCUUGCACCAUCACGCAGAAGUCGCCCGAAGGAACAAGGAAGCUACAGACCCAGGGCCCCUAAGAGAUGGAGCUGAACAGAUUUGUUUAGUUUGGGACCUGGUUGUUGCGCUUUGGGGCAAACUUACGGAAGACGACGACGACGAUGAUGAUGACAGCGAUAUUGGGGCUGAAGAAGACAGAGAAACAUAUCAGAACCGUGUGGCUAGGAAACAGGCUCUGUCAAACUGGUUAGCUGAGGCUGCCAAAACGAAAAUUUCCCAGGAGGUGGAUAAUGCGAAUUUCCAGGAAAGUGAUCAUUUGAAAUCCAUCUUCAGCUAUUUGACCGGAAAACAGAUCAGCCGGGCCUGUCGUGAGGCGCAGCUUCAUGGUGAUUAUCGACUUUCAUUGUUGUUGUCACAAGUCACAGGGAACACAUUCACCAGAAACUUGCUGUACAAACAACUGGCGGAUUGGCAGGAAAUGAAGGCGGAUGUAUUUAUCAACAGAGAAAGAAUUAAAAUCUACGCUCUGCUUGCUGGUGUCAUGGUAUGGGAGAUAUCACGUGACCCAGCCAGUCAAGUUCAAAGUCUGAUGCGUCAAGAGGUCAACGUCUGUGAGGGACUGGAUUGGAAGAGAGUACUGGCGGUACACCUGUGGUACUUCUGUUCACCAACGUGUUCAAUAGCUGAUGCGUUGCAAGCGUACGAGUCCUCAUUUAAGGGAAGUUCGAGUCACGGCAGAUAUGGUGCUUCUCCUCAUCCGCCUUAUGUCGAAGAAGACGAAGAAGAUGAGGAUGAAAACAAGUUUAUAACAAGAGAUACCUGUUAUCACUUGUUAAAGCUCUACUGCAAAAGAUCGCACAGACUAGAGAGACUACUAUCACCAUCAACAUCCACUGCUCUGCAACUAGAUUUUAGAUUGAGUUGGCAUCUGUACCAGGUUCUUUUAUCGCUCCACUACACUCAUCUUUCCGAGCGACACGCGGCCAUGUUACACUGUGAGUUUGCUGCCCAGCUGGAGGGACUGGGUCUGUGGCAUUGGGCGGCGUUUGUCUUGUUGCACAUUGAGGAACCAACCAGGCGAGAGAAUGUGGUUCGGAGCCUUCUGUGUCGUUACUGUUGUGUGUCAGAGGAUCAUGCUAACUCAGAGAAAGAACGUUUCAUGUUGAAUAAAUUGAAAAUCCCUGCGGAAUGGAUACACGAAGCUAAGGCCUUGCGAGCGCGCUAUGAAGGAAAAACUCGUGAGGAAGCUUUCCACCUAGUCAAGGCUCGCCACUGGAGUCUGGGGCAUAGCGUUAUUCUGCGCAGUCUCGUUAGUGACGCAAUUAUUAACGCGGAAUACGACUUUUUAAAAACUUUAUUGAAAGAACUGGAAGCACGAGAUCGCAGCUCGACCGUGAAGGAUUGGGCAACAGGAGGGCAGGUGUUUCUGGAUUAUCUUUCUUUGAUGGAGAAGUUCCAAGACAUUUCAAAGGAGAACUUUGUGCCAACUAAGUAUGACUGGGAAGGCAUCUAUGCUGAAGUCACGUCUCUUUGUUCGAGGAUCAACAGUUUAACAUCGGACAUACCCAAAGACAUGUUGUGUCAAUACGACAUGGCUAAGAUGUGCGCUAAUUUCUUGAAGAUUGUCUUGAAGGAACUGACGGACCUCACCGAUGAAGGAGAGGCCCUUUUGCCAACACAUAUACUAGUUCCUCACGUAACCAAACUCCCGAUGCCCGAGGACUGUACCGUAGAGGAAUUACGUCAACUGAUUCCGAGCUACAUCCAGGAGAUCGCCGCUGAGAAUUGAUACUGCAGGCAGUAACGUGUAUAAAAUGUUGGUUCAAUAUUUAAUGAUGAAUCGAAGUGCAACACGCCAUCAACCAAGACAAUACCGUUUUCGUGUGAAGGCAAAGACAGACUUAGGGCUUAAGUUUAUGUAAAAGCGUAGCUUUAAAAGCAGCGCAGUUCCGUGUGACCUUUGUUUUCAGGAGCUGUUUAGAUGAAAACGGGAAACUGUAAAUAUUUUCUUCUAACCUUCUAAGCAAUCACUUAACCUUUGCGCGCAGUUUGUCGUAAGAAACUUUUUAGGUUUGAGUCUUGUAUCGCAUGAACAUCUCCUCAAAAGCAGCUUCUGGAUUAUUCGCGAAUCUUUUGGAGUCGCGUCCCUCUAAUUUCUCGCUCAGUGAUAGACCUUGAGCGAAAAUGGUCUGAACCUUUCCUCCUCAGUAGUCUUUCUUUCAGGGACAUUUGCUCCUAAAUCCGACCGACUGAUAAAAAUUCAGUCUUAGUCAUUGAGAUAUAUGUUUAAAUAUCGUCUGUUUUAUUGUAAUUAAUUUGAUAUAUUGCUUGUAAUUUCCUCUAUAUCUGUGACGAGAAUUUUGAAUAAAAUGGCUUGUUCUUUUUUCUUUUA